AUGCCUCCUAGCCGACAGGAAGUUCUUUAUGGUGGUGCGGGAACUGUAGGGGGCGCCAUUGCAGUAUGGCGUACACUGUUUCCAUGGAUCAGGGACGAUUUUACCACCAUGUUAGGGACAAAGAAAAUUAGUGAUAGAAUGAAUCAAGACCUAAUUAAUGAAGUGUACCUUAUUGAUAGGUUCGAGCAACAUGCAAAGCAGCACCCCAAAAAGGUGUUUCUGUAUUUCGAGGACAAAGAGUAUAGCUAUGAACUAGUUAACGCUAUGGCAGAUAAGAUUGCAAAUAUAGUCCUUUCUUUGAACCUAACACCUGGUGACACCGUGGCAGCUAUGAUACAGAAUGAACCAUCCUUUGUCUGGACGCUUCUUGGUCUACAGAAAAUUGGUAUGGUGGAUGCCUUCAUCAACUACCACUUAACAGCAGAGCCUCUUCUUCACUCAAUCCGGGCUAGUAAUGCCAAAGUCAUCAUUGUUGGCUCAGGCCUUCCCAAACCAGCCAUAUGUAACCAAGCUAAUGCAAUUGCGGUAUCGAGGAUUUGGGCUGCAUUUGAUUUCAAUGCCAACGACGUUUCGUACGCUGUGACGCCUCUUUACCACAGUGGAGCGACAAAGUUAUGUCUGUUCAACACCAUUGCAGUCGGUUGUACUAUGGCAUUCCGUCGCAAGUUUUCUGCCCGCUAUUACUGGGAUGACUGCCGGAAGUACAAAGUCACAGUUGUAUAUUAUAUUGGAGAACUCUUUAGGUAUAUUCUUAAAGUUCCGGAGUCACCACUUGAUGGCGUCCACAACAUCCGAAUUGCAAUGGGUAACGGUCUUCGAUUGGAUAUAUGGAAGAAAUUUCAGGACAGAUUCAAAAUCCCGAUGAUCGUAGAACAUUUUGGGGCUACAGAAGGGACAUCACUCACCAUGAACCUCACCAACAAAGUCGGGGCCGUCGGAAGAAUAUCCCCGCUAAUGCGACUUGCUUCCAAAUACAAACUGAGUGUACAAAUACGUGUGAUACGUUAUGAUAGGGUCAAAGAGGAGCCAAUCAGAGGAAAGGACGGAUUCUGCAUCAACUGCGGCGCAGGCGAGGAAGGCCUAGUUAUAUCCGCUGUACCCGAAACUACGACAGAAUUUUAUGUUGGGUCCAAGUCUAUCAAUGAGAAAAAGUUCCUCAGGGAUGUGUUCGUCAAAGGCGACGCCUAUUUCAACUUCGGGGACAUAGUUUUCGUUGACAAUGAUUAUUAUCUGUACUUCCGGGACAGACUUGGGGAUACAUUUCGUUGGAAAAGUGAGAACGUUUCAACACGGGAGGUAGCUGAGGUGUUGAGUACACUGAGCUUUAUACAAGAUGUCAACGUGUACGGUGUAGAGGUACCAGAUAAUGAUGGAAGAGCAGGAAUGGCAGCCAUCCUCCUUAAAGAUCACUCAACCAUAACACCGGAGGUACUACAACAAAUCUACCGGAAAUGCGCUAAAUCACUUCCAAAGUAUGCUAGGCCUAUAUUUCUGCGGUUCCAAACCACUUUUGAGGUCACACAAACAAUGAAGCAUAGGAAGGUAGACCUUGUUAAAGAGGGUUACAAUCCAGACAUCAUAGGCGAACCUGUCUAUUGUGUUGACGUAAAAAACAAAACAUAUUCUCCUCUUGAGUCUGCGUCAUUCCACCAAGUCAUAAAAUCGAGGCUGUAG